AUGGCCAAUGGUCUGUUCGGGCCAAUCGUUAUCCACGGCCCAGCGACCGCCAACUACGACGUCGACCUCGGGCCAGUCAUGAUCCAAGACCGAUACCAUGAGAACGUGUGGCAUGUGUGGGAGAAGUACCAACGCGUCUUCAAUGUGCUGGGGCCUUUCAAGGUCGUAGCCGCCAAUGGUCUCAUCAACGGUCUGAACCCGUACGACUGUUCUGAUUCCGACGAUGCGGCUUGUGUCGGCGGAGUGACCGCUCGCUACAACACAACCUUUGAGCCGGGCAAGAAGCACCUCAUGCGCAUCAUUGGUGCGCAGACUGACGGCUACAUGAAGUUCACUAUCGACGGGCAUACUUUGACUGUUGUCGCAGCUGAUCUCGUCCCCAUUGUGCCAUACACCACGGACAAUGUCAUCUUGGCAAGUGGACAGCGCUACGACGUGAUCGUCGAAGCAGAUCAGCCAGUUGGAUCUUACUGGCUACGAGCCAUCUACCAGACCGCUUGCAACUUCAACGAUAAUGAUAAUAAGGACAACAUCCUCGGUAUUGUUAAUUACGAGGGGUGGAACUCGACAGCGGAGCCGACCACCACAGUCAGCGACGAGAUCGACAACUCGUGCGGAGACGAGGACUACGACAACCUAGUCCCAUGGGUACAGCACACAGUGGAUGACAAGGAGGAGCAGAACUACCUCGACGUGGGAUGGUACUACGACACCAGCCUGGUCCUCCACUGGACAAUGCACGACGGCUACCUCAGUGUGAACUGGUCAGACCCAACGCUCUCAUAUGCCUACAACGGUGUUUCCAAGGACGACUACCCGGACAACAGCAACACGGCCGACAUCGACGCGCCGGGCAAGUGGGUGUACUGGGUGAUCCAAGACCUCACCCUGACCAACGCAUACCACCCGAUGCACCUCCACGGCCACGACUUCUACAUCCUAGCUCAGGGGCGGGGCGCUUUUGUCCCACUGAUCACGAAGUUGAACAAGGACAACCCGCCGCGGAGGGACACGGUGACCCUCUACGGCACGGGCUACACCGUGAUCGCUUUCAAGCUGGACAACCCUGGCGCCUGGCUUUUCCACUGCCACAUCGCAUGGCACGCGUCCCAGGGGCUCGCCAUGCAGCUGAUCGAGAACCAGUCUCAGAUCCAGUCCGUGGUCGGGGAUGAUACGGAAAUGAACGCACAAUGCGCGGCCUGGGACUCGUUCUAUUCGUCUCCUUCCGGAGCUGCUUAUCAGCAGGACGAUAGUGGAAUUUGA